AUGUCGACGCCAGCCGAGACCGAGUCUCCAGCGCCUCCAGUUGCGCCAGAGGAGCGCAUCGUGAACGCAAACGCGACUCCCCAGCAAGAGACAUCACCUGAAGCAGACCUAAAAGAGGCGGACCAGACUGCCAAAGCUAUUCCCCCAGCCGAUGAAGCCAACAGCAACGAACCAAACCGCAAUGAAUCAACCAGCUCCACCAAAGAUGCUGAGGAGACAGUCCCUUCCCCCAGAGAAAGCUCACCCUCCCCAUCACAAAGCUCAUCCGACGAAGAAGGCGAAGUCUCCGAAUCAGAAGCCGACCACGACCACCCACCACUCCCCAACGAACCCCUCCCCGGCAACUGCCCCCCAUUACCAAACGAGCCCCUGCCAGGAGCAGACAACAACAACUCCUCAGCCCUCCCCGCCGAACCCACACCAGUCCCCGAACCGGCAGACGACGGCUGGGAAUACCACUGGAACCCAAACGACAACCAGUACUGGUUCUAUAAUCGCUUCAGCAAUCACUGGCAGCUCGAAAACCCCCGCCAAUCCACCACCGUCCCUCAAACCGCCCCACCCACGGCAUCAACACCCCCCCAAACGGACCCUACCUCCAUCUCCAACCCAACCUCCAUCGCAGGAGGCUACAACCCCGCCAUUCACGGCUCAUACGAUGAAAACGCCUGGUAUGCCGUCAACGCGAGGGCGCUGCAGCAACAAGCGGAGCAGAGUGUUAUCCCACCUGCACCGGCGGAGUAUGCUGUGGGCGGUUACUUUAAUAAACAGACGGGGCAGUGGCAGAUGCCGGAGCAGGGGGCCGAGAGGCAUUCGGAUGAGCAGAAGAGCAGGAGGCAGCUGAAUGCUUUUUUUGAUGUGGAUGCUGCGGCGAAUAUGCAUGAUGGGAGGAGCUUGAAGGCGGAGAGGGCGGGGAAGAAGCCGAGUAAGAAGGAGCUGAGGGAGUUCAAGGAGAAGAGGAGGGCGAGGAAGGAAGAGAAGAGGAGGGCUUGGUUGAGGGAUUAG